AUGCCUAUAAUGUUGCCGAUACUGCUGUCGCUGGUUGCUCUCAGUAGCCAACAACAAUGGUCCCCUGGAGACUAUCCGAAUCCACGAACUACUGGAUACCAGCAAUGCAAGAUGAGAUCACGAAGCAACGUUUGUGAUCCAGAUGAGGUGCUCAGCGAGUCAGAUCGGUAUCGGCUAAACAACGAACUAACACGACUAGCCUCUCGGACAGAAUCGACAGGAAAUUCGUUCUGCACAAAGAAGGGUAUGGAUGCAGUGCUAGCGAUUACGAGACAGGGAACACAACAACUUGCUAAUGGUCUUCGUGAUUUGUGGCAUAUGGAUGACCAAUGCAAGAAGAGCGCAAUAUUUCUGUUAAGCGCUGAUGAUCGAACUCUGUACUUUGCACCACAACCAAAUACUGCAUUGAAAGAAGCUGAGUUCCAAGCAAUAUUGGCUUCGAAAGAAAUGCAGCUACGAACAGGAAAUUUUGUGCCUGCUCUGGUCAAUAUUUUCAAAGAGAUCGGUAAGAAAACCGACAUUGAUCCUGAGCCAACACCUGAUGCAAAUAAAUUCGCACCUUCCAUAGUUUAUUACAUCUGUGCGCAUCUUCGACAAUCUGACUGCCUUCUAAUGUACCACGAUAUUUCCGCUCUUUCUUCUGAGGAGAGCUUCAUACGUUUUGAAGAAAUUAACUCCGAACCAAAACCUUCAGCCGAGUGGCUGGCAAAGAAUACUUUGAUUUCUUGUUUUGAUUACACUCAUCGCGCUACUGACUUGCGCUGUAAAACGAAACGCUGUGAAACGGCAAAGGAAUCGUGA